AUGAAAACAACAGAUGGUAGAGAUAACGACAUUCUAGAUAAACAAGGAGUUGAAACGGAUGCCAAAGACAGAAAGGGGCCUUUGAAAGAUACACUUACAUCAAGUAACACCAUAAUAGAAAGUCAGAAUACACUAUUUCCGAGGGAAGAUAAAAAUGAGCAGCAGGCUAAAAUCAACGUUCACACAAUAGAAGAGGCAAUGACAACUAGCAAAGAGGGCACGCUCGUAAGUGUUUGGUGUGGUUAUGAUAAUGCGUUAUCCUCUUAGUAUAUAACAGGAUCAAAGAAAGUAGUGUCCGAGGCAGUGGAUUUUGUUAUCGGGCUAGUGAGUUUUGUUCUUAACUUGCCCGACCGGCAAGUGAACUUUUUUGAGGAAUUCAAAUUACAGAAGAACUGUGAAAUCAAAUCUCCUCAUGAAAAGUUUUUUUAAGCUAGUUGAAAUGACGUUAGCGCUAGACUAUCUAGCCUUAGCUUGCCAAAAUCGCAAGCCGUUAAAAACAACUUUCUUUGCACCCUGUAUACUAGACUUUUUUGGCGGUUUAGUCAUCUUAUUACUUCCCUUUACUUUUGACUGAUCUUGGAUUAGACGUCCCAACUUAGCAAUAGUGAGCUUAAGCAACAAAGACGGCGGUGGUUACGAAAAAGCCACAUUAUAAAAAGAGAAUUCGAUUUGCUUCAAACUUUAUCGUACUUAUUCCAACCGAACUCUUUCAAUUCGUCAAAUGUUGGUAAAUUUGUUCUAAGGUGUAAUUCUUAAAGACUGUAUCGAAGUUCAGGAAAAGAAAAAGAAAGUCGUUUUCUUAUGUUGACGUUCUCCACAAAGCGUAAACUUAGGCCGUAUUUUGACGUAGCAGUGUUGUACUGACAGCAAAGAAAUGUACAAAAAAGCGUGAUGCACGUGCAAAGUUUUUUUUUACUAAUCUAAGCUUAUUAGUAUUGCUCUUUUUUCCGUUUUCGUUGCCGUUUUUUUGCGUUUUCGUCGUCGUCGUUGCUUCAGCUACUUUCUCUAAAAAAAAGUAGUUGUCUUUUUCACGUCCUUCACAAAACCCGUGAAAUUAGGCACUUAGUCACGUCGUUGUUGUUGCAAUGUACAAAAAACCGUGAUGUACUCGCAAAGCUGUUGUUUUUCUAAUCGAAGGCCCUGUCCACAAUAAUGCGUUUUCAAAAGUAUGCGUUUUUGUUGUCAUCGACAACGAGUCGAUUGAUUUGCGUCCACACUACCGUUUUGAAGCGUUUUCUACUUUCCCUGUUAAGAAGUUCGAAAACGAUAGGGUUAAACGUUAAGAAGUAAGUUGAACCAUGUGCGCAUCCUAGAAACAUGCGCCUGCGAUAUUUCCUCUGUCUCUGAAGGGCGUAUUCUAAAUUUUCCUCCAGGACCCUAAAGAGGACUUUCUUAAGUUAAAACCGCCUUUACAGAUCUCAGGAGAACAGAGUAGCAGAUACACGUUGACUCAGACCAGGAGAAUCACCACAAAUUCAGGAGGACAAGUUAGUUCAACUACUAAUUACGAAGAAAUACCUCACUUUCUUCUCAGUUUCUAUAUAUACCAGAUUCGCCCUUUAUUAACGCCCUUAAGAAAAAAUAAAACUAAUAAUACAUUAGACUACCCAGAGUAACAUACUAAGGCCUAAAGGAUCAAGUCAACGUCUUUGUUAACGUCGUUAACCAAGUUCGAUCCCCUCGAUAUUUAAUUCAGCGUUGUGAAAAGAAUUCACAGAAACAUGGGCAUCUGCUCGAGCUUAAAUACAAAGCAGGUUUUUAUCAAUGUUUGGGACCUUAGUUUAACUGAAAUGUUUGAAAGAAGCGUAACAAUAUAGCAUACACUGUGUCAACUAAGCCGCCCAGUUCCCAUCCUCGGAGACCCAGGGACAGUCAGCCGGGUUAGGAGUAAGGGCGGGACGAAUGUUUUCAAGUACGGGUGAAAGAGCUCCUGGGUACCGACUCUCACCGAGCUAUUUCCAAAAAUUCAGGCGGAUGCCGGCUCCUGAUUGGGCACAAAAAAUGCUUUGUAUUAUUGUGCCCAAUCGGCAAACAAUUUCUUCUGAGUUCUUUUCGUGAGUUCGUACACGAAGGCUGUUGUCUCGAUCACGGCUUGUCUGGCUCAUGCACCAAAGAAAUGCAUGCAGUCAGGAAACUUUUAAAAUCCUCAUCUGAUUUCAAAAUACUGUCUGCCCGAAAACUAAAGACGCUUUUCCACAAAUACAAGCUUGAGCUUACAACAGGUAUUCACGCUUCCAUCUGUCACGUCUUUGCGUAAAUAUUAAGGAGUUUUUAAAAGAUACCACGACGACCAACAACCACGAAAUCGUCGCAUGGAAAAGGGAAUUCACAUUUUUUCUGUUUCUAUCGUGGUUAUUCCAACUCGCUUACUUUGUCAAAUGCGAGCGAACUCUUCUGGAGCUGAUUUCUAUCAACCAUAUUCAAGUUCAUGAAGAGAAUGAAUUUUGUCAUUGCGUGUUUACGUCUUUCUCAAAACGUGACUGAUUAGGCAUUUUCAAGGGUAGUCGUGCAGUUGACAGCAAAUAAAUGUACAAAAAAGUGUGAUGCACGUGCAUUGUUUUUGCCUUGUCAAGUUAUUGCUUAUUUGACUUUCUCGUCGCCGCCGCAUCUUAAACUUCCUAUUAUUUACGAUAUAUUUUGAUGAGUCAAAAACAGAAUAUUCUCGGGGCAAAUUGAUUUGCUCCUGCUGAUAGCAUCCCAAACGUUUUUUCGACUCAUCGGUAGUUCUUUCGUUUCUGGUUAGAGAAGUAGAAAAUAAAAGUUUCCCUGGCACGCACAAGCUUGGUGAACGAACAGGGCAAGUGUGGCAAGACAAUAGGCGUCGUGUACAAAAUCAUGAAAAGAACCCAGGAGAAGCUGUUCGCCGAUUGGGCACAAUAAUACAAAGCAUUUUUUGUGCCCAAUCAGGAGCAGGCAUCGGCUGGAAUUUUUGGAAAUAGUUCGAUGAGAGUCGGUACCCAGGGGCUCUUUCGCCCGUACUUGAAAACUUUCGUCCCGCCUUUUCUCCCUACCCGACUGACUGUCCCUGGGUCUCCGAGGAUGCCCAGUUCCUACAUUUAAAAUCUUACAUUUUGUGAUCAACAGACACUACAAUCUUCAGAUAAAAAUUCCGAUACCGUCAUGAAAAAAGCAGAUGGAAGACAUAAAGAUAUUCUAGAUAAACAAGGAGACGAAACGGAUGCCAAGUACAGAGAAGAGACAUUGAAAGAUACGCUUAUAUCAAGCAACAACAUAAAAGAAAGUCAGCAGACACUAUUUCCGAGGGAAGAUGAAAAUAAGCAGAAGGCUAAAAUCACUCUUCACACAAUAGAAGAGGCAAUAACAACCAACGAAGAGCGCACGCCCGUAAGUGUUUGGUGUGAUUAUACAUCAUAAAAAUUACGCAAACAAUAUACUUACUUUCAACUUAAACAAUCUUAGAAUACAAAAAUACAAUCAACCAAGUCCUUGCCAAAUGGCAAUAUAAAUAUAGCUGAUUUCAAUGGAAACACUGAAUCUUUCGAAAAAAGUAGAUUUAAUACAAAACAUAAUCGCUUCAAGUUUUUUGUCGUCCGGUAACCCUUCCAGAUCUCCUUAGAGGGUGUGGCUGCUCAACACCCGAGACUGGGACCUUAGGGGGUAUUUCCACUUAUGCUGGUGGUAAAGACAUCCUUGGAAUCUCUGCUGGUGCUGUUGUUGUAAUAGGUGUCCCCGGCGUUGGUGCCAUAGCCUGUGUAGCUGAUGCAGACGCAGCUGUUGCAGACGCAGAUCCGAGCUCUGACUGUGACGCCGCCCUUUCAUGGUCUGGAAUGUUAAAGGUUUUAAUAUGGUGCAUAUUUCUCCUGUACUCCUCUCCGUUCGACGACCUCAGCACAACUUGAUGCCCGUACCGAGCCAUCACCUCAUAGGGCUUCUUCUCAUACGAUGACGAUAACUUGUUUCGUCUCUUCUGCUCCAACAGAACCCAGUCUCCCUCUAGCACGUCUCGCUCUCUUGCAUGGAACCUUUUCUUAACAUAGUCCUUGUUUGCUUGCUUCUUUUGGGUGUCACGGUCUCUGGCUUCUUGGUCAGUUAUGUCUUCUUCCUCAUCAUCUAAACCCAUCAGCUAAAGCAUUUUACUGUUUAGCACUCUUCUAAAGAGCAACUCUGCCGGACUCUUCCUCGUUGUCGAGUGGGGUGUGAACCUGUUUGGCAACAGAAACUUGUUUAAUUCUUCCCUCGAAUUUUUCCCCUCCGCGUGGGCUGCUCUGAUAGCUUUCAAUGGUGUCCUGUUCUGCCAUUCCACCUCACCAUUGGCCCUUGGCCACAGAGAGGUUGUAUGUCGGUGCUCAACUCCCAUUUCUUUGAGAUAAUCAUCAAUCUCGUUGGCCACUAAAUUUGGGCUAUUGACAAUCCACAAACCCUUGGGUAUUCCAUAUCUUGCAAACGGAGCAAUUAGACGCUGAAUAAUUAUCUUGCUCGCGGUUUCCCUGACAACGUCAACCUCUAUCCACCUGCUGUGAUAAUCCAUCAGGCCUGACAGAUUCUCCCCUGACGGAAGUGGACCCUAUAUAUAAAUCUUCUCAUGGUUGCUGAGGCAUAGGAGUAAUUUUCAUCGAAAUGACACGUGCAAACUUCUUGUUUUGUGAAUUUAAGGCCCUGUCCACACUACUCCGUUUUCAAAAAAUUAUGCGUUUCGUUGUCAUUGACAACACAUCGAUUGAUUUGCGUCCACACUACCGUUUUGAUGCGUUUUCGACUGUCCAUAUAAGGGACUUUAAGAUCCAAAGACUCGGACGGGAACGAAAACGUAAAAAAAUCAAAAGGCUCAAUAAGCAAUGACAACAACUUUGCACUUGCAUCACGCUUUUUUGUACAUUUCUUACCCGUUUUUGCACGACUACCACGUUAAAAUACCUAAUUUCGCGUUGUAUAGAGAAAAAAAAAAAACAAGCAACGACGAAAUUUUUUUCUCAUUUUGAACUUGGAUAUGGUCUCUAAGAAUUCAAUUUCAGGGGGGGUUUGCCUACAUUUGACAAAAUAAGUGGGUAGGAAUAAUUCCGAUAAAGACUAAAAGAACGCAAAUUCACUUUUUAAGGGUCGUUCUUGUUGCCGUUGCGUCGUUGAAUCUUAAAGUCCCUAUUAAAAAGUUCGAAAACGAUAGAGUUGCACCUUGAGAAGUAAGUUAACCAUGUGCGCAUCCUACAAGCACGCGCCUGCGAUAUUUCGUCUGUCUCUAAAAGCCUAUUCUAAUUUUACCUCCAGGACCCUAAAGAGGACUUUCUUAAGUUAAAAUCGUCUUCAGGAGAAGACAGUGGCAGAUACACGGUGACUGAGACCAGGAGAAUCAUCACAAAUUCGGGAGGACAAGUAAGUUCCACUACUAAUGAAGGAAAAUAUCUGACUUUCUUAUUAGCCUCUACCUACACCAGUUUGGGGCUCUAUUAACGAACUUAUGAAGAAAUAAAACUAAUAAUACAUUAAAUUAUUCAGAGUAACAUACUAAGGCCUAUCGAAUUAAGUUAGGGUUAGAACAGGCCAACUAAACUCCUUUGUUAAUUUCGUUAAUCAAGUUUGAUCCCUUUGACAUUUAAUUCGGCAUUGUGAAAAGAAUUCACAGAAACAUGCACCUCUUCUUGUGACUGGAAUAAAAAGUAGGUCUUUCUUUCCAGAAUGAUUUAAUAAUAUUGUUUAACCAGAGAUGUUUAAAGGAAGCGUUAUAAUAUAGCAUAAACUGUGUCAAUUUAGCGACACAUAUUUAAUAACUUACAUUUUUUAAUCAACAGACCCUACAAUCUUCAGCUGAAAAUCUUCAAACCGUCAUGAAAACAACAGAUGGUAGACAUAAAGACAUUCUAGAUAAACAAGGAGUUGAAACGGAUCUCAAAUACAGAGAAGAGUCAUUAAAAGAUGCACCUACUCGAAGCAACAACAUAAAAGGAAGUCAGAAGACACUAUUUCUGAGGGAAAAUGAAAAUAAGGAGAAGUCUAAAAUCACUGUUUACACAGCAGAAGAGGCAAUGGCAACUAACAAAGAGCUAACGCCCGUAAGUAUUUGGUGUGGUUAUGAAAACACGUGAUCCUUUUAUAUACAGGGUCUCCCAAAAGUUUCGUUCCUCUAAUUUCGUGUGUUAUAGCUUUUCAUCAAAACUUUAUUCUUGCAUGAAAUUUUAGAAGGUUUAAUAAUAUAAUAUUAACCGUGUCAAUUUAGCAACGCACAUUACACUUUCUAAUUAAUAGAUCCUGCAAUCUUCAGCUGAAAAUUCCCAAACCGUCAUGAAAACAACAGAUGGUAGCGAUAACGACAUCCUAGAUAAACAAGGAGUUGAAAAGGAUGCCAAAGACAGAGAAGAGACAUUGAAAGAUACACUUAUGUCAAGCAACAGCAUAAAAGAAAGUCGGCAGACACUAUUUCCGAGGGAAGAUGAAAAUAAGCAGAGGGCUAAAAUCACUUUUCACACAAUAGAAGAGGCAAUAACAACCAACGAAGAGCGCACGCCCGUAAGUGUUUGGUGUGAUUAUGAUAAUAUAUGAUCCUUUUAUGUACUACACUUUUUUGGCGCCUUAGUCUUACUUCCCUUUACUUUUGACUGGUAUCUUGGCUUAGACGUCCUAACUUAGCAACAGUAAGCUUAAGCAACAAAUAGAGCAUUAGUUACGAAAACGCCACUUCAGUAAAAGUGAAUUCGAUUUGCUUUAAACUUUAUCGCCCUUAUUCCAACCAAACUCCUUCAUUUCGUCAAAAGUUGGCAAAUUUGUUCUGGGGUUUAAUUCUAAAAGACUUGAUUCAAGUUCAGGAAAGGAAAAAGACAGUCGUUUCUUGUGCGUUCACGUUUUCCGCAAAACGUGAACUUAGGCCGCAUUUUCACCUCGCAGUCUUCCAGUGAUGGCAAAAAAAAAAAUGUAUGAAAAGCGUGAUGCACGUGGAAAGUCGUUUUUUUGCCAAUCUAAGCCUAUUAGUAUUGCCUUUUUCCCGUUCUCGUUGCCCUUACUGUCGUCGUCGUCGUUGCUGAAGCUCCGUAUUGUUUACAACAAAGUUUGCUUUGUAAAGGAGGUUAACAAGACAAAUACUUUCUUGUUUACGUCUUUUACAGAACCCCGCAAAUUAGGGUGAAUCAGUGCAGUUACCCCAACGUUUCAUGUUUUUUGGCACUACAUCUCAUAAUUGUCGCUGUUUCCCUUUAUUUUGGCUUGCGAAAUAAGCAAGUAGACGAGACAAGCUGUUGUUCAGUUAUGUGAGUCUCUACGCCCGCUCACACUGUUCAGUUCCCGUAUGUCCUGCGCGAACAACCACUGUACGCUAUGCACUACAACCUCUGUACACUACAUUCUCUCUUCAUUCGUACAUACACUUACAUCGAUGAAAAUUACGCAGACAAUAUAUUUACUUUCAACUUAAACAAUCUUAGAAUACAAAAAUGAAAUCAACCAAGUCCUUACCAAAUUGCAAUAUAAAUAUAGCUGAGUUCAAUGGAAAGACUGAAUCUUUCGAAAAAACUAGACUUAAUACAAAACAUAAUCGCUCAAAUUUUUUUGUCGUCCGGUAACCUUUCCAGAUCUCUUUAGAGGGGGUAACCCUUCCAGAUCUCCUUAGAGGGGGUGGCUGCUCAGCACCCGAGAAUGGGACCUUAGGGGGUAUUUCCACUGCUGCUGGUGUUAAAGACAAUUUUGGAAUCUCUGCUGGUGCUGUUGUUGUAAUAGGUGUCCCCGGCUUUGGUGCCAUAGCUUGUGUUGCUGACGCAGACGCAGCUGUUGCAGACGCAGAUCCGAGCUCUGACUGUGACGCCGCCCUUUCAUGGUCUGGAAUGUUAAAAGGUUUUAAUAUGGUGCAUAUUUCUCCUGUACUCCCCUCCGUUUGACGACAUCAACACAACUUGAUCCCCGUACCGAGCCAUCACCUCAUAUGGCUUCUUCUCAUAUGACGACGAUAACUUGUUUUGUCUCUUCUGCUCCAACAGAACCCAGUCUCCCUCUCGCACGUCCCCCUCUCUUGCCUUGAACGUUUUGUCAACAUAGUCCUUGUUUGCCUUCUUCUUUUGGGUGUCACGGUCUCUGGCUCCUUGGUCAGUUGUGUCUGCUUCCUCAUCAUCUAAACCCAUGAGCUAAAGCAUUUUACUGUUUAGCACUCUUCUAAAGAGCAACUCUGCCGGACUCUUCCUCGUUGUCGAGUAGGGUGUGGGUGCUCAACCCCCAUUUCUUUGAUAUAUUCCUCAAUCUCGUUGGCAACUAAAUUUGGGCUUUUGACAAUCCGUUAACUCUUGGGUAUUCCAUAUCUCCCAAACUGAGCAAUUAGACGCUGAAUAAUUAUCUUGCUCGUGGUUGCCCUGACAACGCCAACCUCUCUCCACCUGCUGUGAUAAUCCGCCAGGCCUGACAUAUUCCCCCCUGACGGAAGUGGACCCAAUAUAUCCAUAGCUAAAUCUUCUCAUGGUCGCUUAGACAUAGGGGUAGGUUUCGCCGAAAUUGCACGUGCAAACUUCUUGUUUUGUUAAUCUAAGGCCCUGUCCACACUACGCCGUUUUCAAAAAAGUAUGCGUUUCGUUGUCAUUGACAACACAUCGAUUGAUUUGCGUCCACACUACCGUUUUGAUGCGUUUUCGACUGUCCAUAUUAGGGACUUUAAGAUCCAACGACUCGGACGGCAACGAAAACGUAAACAAAUCAAAAGGCUUAAUAAGCAAUCACAACAACUUUGCGCGUGCAUCACGUUUUUUUGUACAUUUCUUACCCGUUUUUGCACGACUACCACGUUAAAAUGCCUAAUUUCGCGUUUUACAGAGAAAAAAAAAACAAGCAACGACGAAAAUUUUUUUCUCAUUUUGAACUUGGAUAUGGUCUCUAAGAAUUCAAUUCCAGGGGGUUUGCCUACAUUUGACAGAAUAAGUGGGUCGGAAUAAUUCCGUUAAAGUUUGAAAGAACGCAAAUUCACUUUUUAAGCGUCGUUCUCGUUGCCGUAGCGUCGUUGAAUCUUAAAGUCCCUAUUAAGAAGUUCGAAAACGAUAGAGUUGCACGUUGAGAAGUAAGUUAACCAUGUAAGCAUCCUACAAUCACGCGCCUGCGAGAUUUCGUCUGUCUCUAAAAUCGUGUUCUAAUUUUACCUCCAGGACCCUCAAGGGGACUUUCUUAAGUUAAAAUCGUCUUCAGGAGAAGAAAGUGGGGGAUACACGGUGACUGAGACCAGAAUAAUCAUCGCAAAUUCGGGAGGACAAGUAAGUUCCACUACUAAUGAAGGGAAAUAUCGGACUUUCUUAUUAGCCUCUACCUAUACCAGUUUUGGUCUCUAUUAACGAACUUAAGAAGAAAUAAAACUAAUAAUACAUUAAAUUAUUCAGAGUAACAUACUAAGGCCUAAAGAAUCAAGUUAGACGUACAACAGGCCAACUAAAUUCCUUUGUUAAUUUCGUUUACCAAGUUUGAUCCCUUUGACAUUUAAUUCAGCAUUGUGAAAAGAAUUCACAGAAACAUGUACCUUGUGGCUGGAAUAAAAAGCAGGUCUUUCUUUCCAGAAUGAUUUAGUACUAUUGUUUAACCAGAGAUGUUUAAAGGAAGCGUUAUAAUAUAGCAUAAACUGUGGCAAUUUAGCCACACACAUUUAAUAACUUAAUUUUUUUAAAACCGAUUAAGAGUCUUCAUAGCCAAUAACACCACGGCCUAACUGACAGACGACAAAUAACAUCGCGACGUAAUUGACCAAUCAGAUCUAUAUAUAACCAGAGUAUAAUACCAUCAACUGACGUGAUACAAUUCACUUUGACUCUGAAGAUGACUGCCGCACAGGUUGUCGAAACAUCAGUGACUGACAACAACAACAGUAGGAUUCAGGACUACGUUCACCCAGACGAUCAAACUCAACCACUUUUUAAAUUUUUCAAUCAACAGACCCUACAAUCUUCAGCUGAAAAUCUCCAAACCGUCAUGAAAACAACAGAUGGUAGAGAUAACGACAUUCUAGAUAAACAAGGAGUUGAAACGGAUGCCAAAGACAGAAAAGAGACAUUGAAAGAUACACUUCAAUCAAGUAACAGCAUAAAAGAAAGUCAGGAGGCAUUAUUUCCGAGGGAAGAUGAAAAUAAGCAGCAGGCUAAAAUCACUGUUCACACAAUAGAAGAGGCAAUGACAACUACCAAAGAGCGCACGCCUGUAAGUGUUUGGUGUGGUUAUGAUAAUGCAUUAUCCUUUUAGUAUAUAACAGGAUCCAAGAAAGUAGUGUCCGAUAGCCCGGGGUAGUGGAUUUUGCUAUCGGGCUAGUGAGUUUUGUUCUUAACUUGCCCGACGGGCAAGUGAAGUUGUUUUAGGAAUUCAAAUUACAGAAGAACUGUGAAAUCAGUUCUGCUUAUGAAAAGUUAUUUCAAGCUAGUUGAAAUGACGUUAGCGCUAGAAUAUCUAGCCUUGGCUUGCCAAAAUCGCAAGCUGUAAAAAUAACUUUCUUUGCACCCUGUAUACUAGACUUUUUUGGCGGUUUAGUCAUCUUAUUACUUCCCUUUACUUUUCACUGAUCUUGGAUUAGACGUCCCAACUUAGCAAUAGCGAGCUUAAGCAACAAAGACGGCGGUGGUUACGAAAACGCCACAUUAUAAAAAGAGAAUUCGAUUUGCUUCAAACUUUAUCGUACUUAUUCCAACCGAACUCUUUCAAUUUGUCAAAUGUUGGCAAAUUUGUUCUAGGGUUUAAUUCUAAAAGACUGUAUCGAAAUUCAGGAAAAUUAAAAGAAAGUCGUUGUCUUGUGUUGACGUUCUCUAAAAAGCGUAAACUUAGGCCGUAUUUUGACGUCGUAGUCUUGUAUUGAAUUCACAGAAACAUGAGCAUCUGCUCGGGCUUAAAUAAAAAGCAGGUUUUUCAAUGUUUUGGGACCUUAGUUUAACUGAGAUGUUUGAAAGAAGCGUAACAAUAUAGCAUACACUGUGUCAAUUAAACCGCACAGUUCCUACGUUUAAUAUCUUACAUUUUAUGAUCAACAGACAAUACAACCUUCAGCUGAAAAUUGCGAUACCGUCAUGAAAACAACAGACGGAAGACAUAAAGAUAUUCUAGAUAAACAAGGAAUCGAAACGGAUGCCAAGGACAGAGAAGAGACAUUUGAAGAUACACUUAUAUCAAGCGACAACAAAAAAGAAAGUCAGCAGACACUAUUUCCGAGGGAAGAUGAAAAUAAGCAGAAGGCUAAAAUCACUGUUCACACAAUAGGAAAGGCCAUGACAACUAUCAAAGAGCGUACGCCCGUAAGUGUUUGGUGUGGAUGUGAUAGUACGUGAUCCUUUUUAUAUACUAGACUUUUUUGGCCCUUUUGUCAUGUUGUUACUUCCAUUUACUUUUGACUGAUAUCUUGGGUUAGACGUCCUAACGUAGCUAUAGUGAUCUUAAGGAACAAAGUCGGCGGUGGUUACGAAAACGUCACUUCAUUAAAAGUGAAUUCGAUUUGCUUUAAACUCUAUCGCACUUAUUCCAACCGAACUCUUUUGAUUUGUCAGAUGUUGGCAAAUUUGUUCUGGGGUUUAAUUCUAAAAGACUGUAUCAAAGUUCAGGAAAAGAAAAAGAAAGUCCUUGUCUUUUGUUGACGUUCUCCACAAAACGUGAACUUAGGCCACAUUUUCACGUCCCAGUCUUGCAGUGACAGCAAAGAAAUGUACAAAAAAGCGUGAUGCGCGUGCAAAGUUGUUUUUUUGCCAAUCUAAGCCUAUUAGUAUUGCUUUUUCGCCGUUCUCGUUGUCGUUGUUGCUUCAGCUCCCUAUUGUUUAUUAACAUGUUUGCUUUGUAAAGGACGUAAACAAGACAACUACUUUCUUUGAGAGAAAGUAGUUGUUAAUUCGAAAAGACUGUAUCGAAGUUCAGGAAAAAAAAAUUCGUUGUCUUGUGUUGACGUUUUGGCAAAAAACAUGAACUUAGGCCGCAUUUUUAUUUCGCGGUCUUGCAGCUAGUGACGGCAAAGAAUUGUUCUCCUUGCUGUUACUGUCGUCGUCGUCGUAGUUGCUCAAGCUCCCUAUUCUUUACAAAAGAGUUUGUUUUGUAAAGAAGGUUAACAACACAAAUACUUUCUUGUUCACGUCCUUUACAAAACCCCGGAGUUUAGGCACUUAGUCAAGUCGAUGUUGUUGCAAUGUACAAAAAACCGUGAUGUACGUGCUAAGUUGUAGUUUGCUAAUCUAAGGCCCUGUCCACACUUAUGCGUUUUCAAAAGUAUGCCUUUUUGUUGUCAUCGACAACGCGUCGAUUGAUUUGCGUCCACACUACUGUUUUGAUGCGUUUUCGACUGGCCAUAUUAAGAAGUUCGAAAACGACAGAGUUGCACUUUGAGAAAUAACUUGAACAAUGUGCGCAUUCUGCAAUCACACGCCUGCCAUAUUUCGUCUGUCUCUGAAGGCGUAUUCUAAUUUUUCUUCCAGGACCAUGGAGAAGGCUUUCUUAAGUUAAAUUCGGCUUCAGGAGAAGAGAGUGGCGGAUACACAGUGACUCAAAUCAGACGAAUCAUCACAAAUUCAGGAGGACAAGUUAGUUAUACUACUAAUGCGGAGGAAAUAUUCUGAAUUUCUUAUUAGCCUCUAUAUAGACCAGAUUCGAGUACCAUACUAAGGCCUAACGAAUCAAGUUAGACGUAGAACAGGCCAACUGAAUUGCUUUGUUAACUUCGAUAACCAAGUUCGAUCCCUUUGAUAUUUUAUGCAGGAUUGUGAAAAUAAUUCACAGGAACAUGUGCCUCUGCUUGUGACUGGAAUAGAAAGCAGGUCUUCUUUUCCAGAAUGUUUUCAUACUAUUGUUUAACCUGAGAUGUUCAAAGGAAGCGUAAUAAUACAGCAUAAACUGUGUCAAUUUAGCCACACACAUUUAAUACUUAAAUUUUUUAAAUUACAGACCCUACAAUCCUCAGCUGAAAAUCUUCAAACCGUCAUGAAAACAACAGAUGGUAGAGAUAAAGACAUUCAAGAUAAACAAGGAGUUGAAACGGAUUGCAAAUACAGAGAAGAGUCAAUGAGAGAUGCACCAACACCAAGUAACAACAUAAAAGGAAGUCAGCAGACACUAUUUCUGAGGGAAGAUGAGAAUAAGCAGGAAGCUAAAAUUACUGUUCACACAACAGAAGAGGCAAUGGCAACUAACAAAGAGCGCACGCCCGUAAGUGUUUGGUGUGGUUAUGAUAAUGCGUGA